AUGGACACCAAGUUGGGUUUCCAUAAAGGACCACAGGCCAGUCCUCAGGGGGCUCAGGACUCACUUGUGAGACGCUUUCUGUCUAUUUCUUCACAUCUCCUCAGCAUGGGAGAUUCCCACGGCAACACCUCUGACUCCCUCUCCUUCAUCCUGACUGGCUUCCCGGGAUUGGAGGAUUCCUUGUAUUGGAUAUUUAUUCCGCUGGGAGCCCUCUACUCUGUUUCCAUCCUAGGAAACUCCUUGAUCUUGGUCAUCCUCAAGGAGGAGCAGAGCCUGCACCAACCAAUGUACUACUUCCUGGCCAUGCUGUCCAUCAACGACCUGGGCGUGUCCUUCUCUACCCUGCCCACAGUCCUGGGCACCUUCUGCUUCAAUGUCAGGACAAUCAGCUUCGAUGCCUGCAUGGCCCAGAUGUUCUUCAUCCAUUUGCUUUCCUUCAUGGAGUCCAGCAUCCUGCUGGCCAUGAGCUUUGACCGCUAUGUGGCCAUCUGUAACCCACUCAGAUAUUCAGCAAUACUGACCGGCAGCCGCAUUGUCAAGGUGGGUUUUGCCGUUUUAAUACGCAGCUUCAUUUUGAUCCUUUCUUCACCCUUCCUCCUGAGGAGACUGCCAUUUUGCAAGGCCAAUAUCCUGCAUCACGCCUACUGUCUCCAUCCCGACCUCAUCCGCCUGUCUUGUGGGGACAUCACCAUCAACAACAUUCUUGGCCUGUUCAUCCUGCUCUCCACAUUUGGACUGGACUCCAUGCUCAUCUUCCUUUCCUACGUCCUGAUCCUCAGGUCUGUCCUGACCAUCUCUUCCCAGGCAGGGCGGUCCAAAGCCCUCAACACCUGUGUCUCCCACAUUUGCGUGGUGCUCAUCUUCUAUGUUCCCAUGCUGGGCGUGUCCCUGGGUCAAAGGUAUGGGAAACAGGCCCCACCAUUCGUCCACACAUUGAUGUCCAUCAUCUACCUCUUCAUGCCACCCAUGCUCAACCCCAUCAUCUACAGCAUCAAGACCGAGGAGAUCCGCAAAAGGAUGGUCAAGAUGUUCUCUGGGGCUUUUGGGGUGUGCUGGGGGAGAGAAACCCAGGAUAAGAUGGAGUCAGGGCUCUCCAUGGUGACCUAUCAAGAUUCCUUCCAGAAAUUGGGGUCUUUAUUCAGUGCACCUCAGGACAGGGCAGAAAGGGGCCGGGAGAAGGAUGGGAGAAGCUUCAUUCUCAACAAGACCCUGGAGCCUAUGUGGGAGGGGCAGGAGGGCAAAUGGGCCAAACCCAAACAGAUCUGA